AUGACUUGCGAUCCCGUAUUCGACUAUUUGCCAGAAAAGAAGCUGUCGCUAGUGCUAGCACCAUUCUCUGGUGGCCAACCAAGAGGCGGAGUCGAGAACGGCCCACAAUUCUUGCUCAAACAUGGGCUGGAAAAUGAUUUGCAGGAACUAGGCUGGAAGACAAAAGUCGAGAGGCCUUUGGAUGAAGAAGACAUUUCCAAGCGGAUGAAGGAGUCCACGGUGACGGACUCGUUUGGAAUUAUCAAGAGACCAAAUUUGGUGGGGGAAGUUGCUGAAAAAAUCUACAAAAAAGUGUCUCAGUGUCUUGGCGAAACCAGUUUUCCAGUUACUUUGGGAGGCGACCACUCAAUCGCGAUGGGUACAGUGUCUGCGGUGGUGGACAAGUACCCGGAUGUCGGUGUGUUAUGGAUCGAUGCGCACGCAGACAUCAACACUGUGAAGUCGACUGAAUCCGGUAAUUUGCAUGGAUGCCCAGUUUCUUUCCUGAUGGGUCUGAACGAAGAAUCCGAGAUGCCAGAGUCUCUAAAAUGGAUUCCUGGUAAUCUAAGACCGGAAAAAAUCGUGUACAUUGGUUUAAGAGAUGUCGAUUCCGGUGAGAAAAAAAUACUAAGAGAUCUAGGUAUCAAGGCCUUCUCUAUGUAUCAUGUUGACCGUUACGGAAUUAACAGCGUCAUUGACAUGGCCUUGAAGGCUAUAGACCCGGAAGGCAAUUGCCCCAUCAUGUGUUCUUAUGAUGUCGAUGCUUUGGAUCCAUUGUAUGUCCCAGCUACUGGUACUCCAGUAAGGGGUGGUUUGACUUUGAGAGAAGGUUUGUUCAUAGUCGAAAGAUUGGCAGAAACCGGUAAGCUAGUAGCAUUAGAUGUCGUUGAAUGUAAUCCAGAUUUGGGUUUAUCUGACGGUCACAUCGUAGAUACGGUGUCUGCAGGUUGUGCUAUUGCCAGAUGUGCUCUUGGUGAGACUUUACUGUAG